UCUGCCUUCUGCUGCUGCUGAGCGGCUCUCCUGCUUGACAACACAGCGACGGUAACACACACAGAGAGCAGAGGACUGUGGCCGUCGUUGCACCGCUGGUCAGCGCUAGAACAGUAGAUAACCGUACGCGAAAGGUAAAGUCUGUCAUGAGUUAAAGGUAGACCCAUAUGUCAGCUAACGUCAGGUUUAGCUGGCCUCAAGUAGCUAGCUUAGCUACAAGUGCUGCCACUAGCAGAGCUAGGUUAAGUCAACGCCAGCUUGUUAUUGCUGCUUUUAAUAUAGCCAUCUAAGCUAGCAAUGCGUUCUGCAUUGUUUCAGGAUAAGGUUAGCUCGGAUUGUUGCACUCAGUGGCACAACUGUGCCCUGUCCAGCAGCGCACACUCGUAGCGUUCCGCAUAAUGAGUGAUCGUUAUGUAAAAGUAGAGAUCCAAGUGGAGGAAAUGAAAUCACUGGGCGAGGAUGCAGAGAAGGAGGGUGUGGAUGCUGAGCAGCAGGUGCCUGUGUGUUCUCCCCCUGCUUCUGCCUCGCCAGACCCUUCUAGCCUCACUGUAGCCGGCAGAGAUGCGUCCAACACCUGCAAAUAUAGGGUUAAAAAUCGAAGCAAGCUGGGAAAGGAUGCCAAGAACUCCUGUGGUAAACACACCUCGGAUGUGUCGCACGGGUCUGUAGUUUCUGCUCAUGUUGGAAAAAACCUGAACAGAGUACUAGGACACGAGCGGACACUUCAUGUCAAGGGGACUGGGAAAAUACUGCAGGGCAAGUUGGAGACGAAUGGGAAUUACGCAAACAUCCAACCAUCCAAAAACAAUCAAGAAACACGCCGCGAGGACGGAUUUAAACUGGCAAAGAAGAGAAGACCAGUGACGGUGGACAUCUCCAAAGCCAAAACUUCAUUGGAGGCCCUCAAGUUAAGCGUCAAGCAGCUGAAGUGGAAAGAGUUUCCUCUGGGAAGACGAGCACCCUGUGACAUCUACUGGCACGGCGUUUCCUUCCACGACAAUGAAAACAUCGUCUCGGGGCAGGUGAACAAGUUCCCAGGAAUGAUGGAAAUGCUGAGGAAGAUCAACCUGAGUCGGGCGGUGAGGACGAUGCAGGAGUUGUUCCCAGAAGAGUACGACUUCUAUCCCCGCUCCUGGAUCCUGCCCGAGGAGUGCCAGCAGUUUUCCACCCAGAUCCGCAUGGUGAAGGAGAGCGAUGCAACAUUGAACCCCACCUUCAUCGUCAAGCCGGAUGGGGGCUCUCAGGGGGACGGCAUCUACCUCAUUCGUGACCCUAGUGACCUAAAGCUCAUGGUGGGUACACAGGCCAAACAGGCUGUAGUCCAGGAGUACAUCCAGAAGCCGCUACUCAUUGACAAGCUCAAGUUCGAUAUCCGCCUCUAUGUGCUGUUAAAGUCCCUGGAGCCGUUGGAGAUCUACAUUGCCAAGGAAGGCCUGACGCGUUUUUGCACCGAGCCCUACCAGGAACCAAGCCAGAAGAAUCUGAGCCACGUCUUCAUGCACCUGACAAACUACUCCCUCAACGUCCACAGUGGCAACUUUGUCCACUCGGACAGCCAGAGCACAGGCAGCAAGCGCACUCUCUCCAGCGUGCUGUACAGGCUGGCGGCUAAAGGCGUAGACAUCAAGAAGGUGUGGUCGGACAUCAUCGCUCUGGUGAUCAAGACCGCCAUCGCUGUGGUGCCUGAACUCAGAGUCUACUAUCAGUCCGAUAUACCGCCCGGAAAACCGGGACCCACUUGCUUCCAGAUAUUAGGUUUUGACAUCCUGCUGAUGAAAAACCUGAAGCCAGUAUUACUGGAGGUCAACUCCAACCCCAGUAUGAGAAUCGAACACGAACAAGAGGUGACACCAGGAGUUUUUGAAUACGUUCCCAGUCCGGUUGACGAAGAGGUCAAAGUGGGCGUGAUCAGGGAUACUCUGCGCCUCAUGGACCCGGGCCGCAAGAAACCUUCAAUUUCCCAACUGAGGCCCGGCGGGCUUGAACACGGAGAGGAGAUUCCCAUGGAGGCGGAGCCACAAGAGAGGAGCCCGGACGAAGGAGCUCUGCCGUCGCUGUGUCUGAAGCAGGUCUACCCCAAGUACACCAAGCAGUUCAACUACCUGCGGCUGGUGGAGCGAAUCGCAGCUCUGUUCAUACGCUUCCUCGGGGUCAAGGGCAACAUGCGCCUGGGCCCCACCGCCUUCCGCACCUUCAUCAGGACCUGUAAGCUGAGCAACAGUAUCUUCUCCAUGGCUUCAGUGGACAUCCUCUACAUAGACAUCACACGUCGUUGGGCAGGAACAAUGCCCGAUUCUAGAGAAGCAGGUAUGGGACUGCAAGCAUUUGUGGAAGCCUUUUUCCAUCUGGCAGGUCGCAGGUUCAAAUCCCUGCCGCUGAGGGAGCAGGUAGCGUCCCUGCUGGAGCUGUGCGAGGCUCAGCUCGAGUCCCAGACGGGCGGCGAAGAGAGGCGCUCCGUGAGCUGCAGCAGGGCGAUGCCGCGAGCCGUCAAGUCUCAGACGCUGGGCCACGCCAACCCUCUGCUCGACUCUCCGGCUCCCCUGCGAAGGGCGUCCAGCCAGGACUACCGGCUGCAUCAAAGACUCAAGCCUCGCACGCUCAGGGCCAACGUGGAGAACUGACGAGAAAGGGCUCCAACUAGGCAUCCAACUCCCAAACACUGCCUUUAGCCUUCUCACAGGAGCCGGGGGAAUCAGAUGUCCCUCACUCCUUUGCAGCUUCCACAACAGGAGGAAAAUGGGAGAGAAGGAGGCGCUUGACCCCUGCUGGCUGACUUGCAGGAGGACUGUUCUCGGCCUGAUUGCUUUUUCUUUAGAGGAGGAAGAUGUCCACGGGGGGGGAGGGAGGGUUUGGGGAAUAAAUAGAACAUGAACUAUCAGGAGGUUGGUGCAUUUCCUCCCCUCCUGGUGUGGUCUUAUACGAACAGCGUGGUCCAGUCAGGAGGAAGAUAUGGCUGCUUUACUAUACUUACUGAUUCUUCAGGGCAGCUACUUGCUUCUCUUCACCUUUCUCUUCUCGGCAACACACUGAAACCAACUUUCUUUUUUUCAGGAAUAACACAAGACGCCAUCCGGCUUCCCAUUCAAUGCAGCAACACGCAUCACGCAUAAAUAAAUGAGUGCAAGGGAGUGUCCUCAAUGUGUGUAUUAUAUUCUUGAAUUUGCACAACUCUUGGAUCUAUUGCACAGAAAUGGAUGUGAGGGUAACUGAGCGUUUUGUGGGGGCGUAUCGUGUAUGUCUGAGUGCGUGUGUACCGUACUGUAUUUAUUUGUGUUAAGCUCAAUGGUGAAAGCCUAUUUACAGCCAGCGGCUCAGCUGUGCGUCCCUGCUCCGUGAGCCCAUUAGUGAUGAGUUAAGUGAAUAAGUAUUCAAAGGGAAAAGGCCACUCGCGCUCUUUCAGUUCAGUCAGGCUGCCACUCAGAACCUCCAGCUGUCACAUUUUAGGACAAUUACUUUGAAGCUACACAAUUGUCGUUUUUAGAUAUUUACACUGCAGCUACUCGCUUAACGAUGACUUUUACAUUGUGUUGUUUGUUUCCUUUACACCAAGAUUAUUAAACUAAUUUGUCACAUGCAGACCAAUAAUCAAGUGCGGUGUGUGACACAAAAAAAACAAUCAAACUUAUUACUUAACUGCAAUGCAGCUCUUUAACACAGACGGUGAACUUAUUAACAUGUUGAAGAUUUCUGCGAUACGGACUGUCGGACUAACUCAGUAUGCGUUUGUUAACAUGAAGUCGAUUUACGAGGUUGUUAAGCUCGAUCGUACUUAUGAAUGAAAUGUAUUGACAGCACUGCAAAAAAUAAAAGUCCUCUUGCUCUUUGAACUGAAGGUGUGUGUUGAUGUGGUCACUGCUGUUGUGAUAUUGACCAGCAAUUUUUUCAAAUACGUUUAACUUUGGCUUUCUUCUUUGUUUCAUACACACGAUAUCUUCUUUAGUGUUCUCUUUCACCAAAUAUAUUUGAGCAAAGCCGCAAAGGCUGGAUGAGCUUGUUGCUGUGCAACCUGUAUGCACACUAUUAUUGUGCUACCUCUGAGUGAGAUCCCCAAUGGACUCAUUAAAGGACACCAUUUGUCACAUCAUUAGUGGAGUGUAUGUUUUAAUGGCAGCUUGUGCUAUUUCCAUCUCUGUGUUGAAGGAGGCAGACGAGCGUUUUAUUUUUCUGCAUGUUGGUAGAUUUUAGAUAAUGUUUCACAGCACAAACAUCUGCCCACGUUUCCUCGACCUUCCGUUGCAGAGGCUGACGAUGCCAGUUGCACCUCUGGUGGUUUUAGUCUUCAUAGUUUUGUUGUUGUUGUUGUUGUUGUUGCCCUCUGGUUCAACAGCUGAGGUGGCCAUCACCUGUCGGAAAGAUUUAUGUAACCUUUUAGCUUCCAUUGAAAUGUUGUGCCGGUUUGCACAUGGAUACGAAUUGAGCACCAAAAAACAUUUAGUUUGGCGAUGAACACUAAAAAGACAGUCAAUAGUAGUGUAACGGAUCUUUUUUGACAUACUAUACUAUGACUUUUUUAUGAUCUUUUUCGACAUGUUAUGACUUUCGAAUGAUCCCUUUCAACAUGCUAUACUAUGACUUUUUUUUUUGACACGCUACACUGACUUUUUUUUA